CUUGCUGUGCAAAAAGAUUGGGACUGAGGUGAGAACCUGGAGGAGUUAAGAUUAGGAUUGGGACAUGGAGCUGGAGUGGGGAAGGACUGGAAUGAGGACAGGGGAGAAGGGGCCACACUUGAGAAUGGACAGAAAAGUCUGUGCCUACUAGAGUCCACUUCCAUCCAGAGCCUGGAAAGAAACCCAAGUCUCACCAUUCUUCUGCUGUCAGUGUAUAUCUGUAAAAACCCACUGGCAAAGUGUUAACAUCCUCCUCUUUUGCUUGGCCACACAGAGGAUGACAACUUUCUGCUGCUAUCGUUUACUCUUGUUAGCUCAAAUGGCAGAGGUCUGUGUGGUGGAUGUAAAGAUUCUGACCCUGCUUAUGACCUGUGUGUGUAUCAGUAUGAUGCCCCGUGAUUGAAUUUCUGUUACUUCAGUUUGCUUUUUUAAAUCAAGGAAAUUAUACGCAUGGACUACAUUAAAAGAAUAUUAUUAAGGUAGCAAAGUCAAACACUCAAAGAUAGGAAAUAUCAAAAUUAAGUUGUUUGUGCAGUUUUUAAUUACUUUUCACAUACUAUUUUUUCCCAUGUGAUCUUUGCUUUAUUCAUUGUAGAGAAUGCUCUUUCUCUGGAGAUGAAUCAAAAUUGUGUAGUUAAGGGGUCUGUUGUCUGUUGUCUGUAGGAGCCCUGCAUCGUUUGUUGCAGAAUUUGGAAGGUGUGUAAUAAAUGAAGCAGAGGUCAGCAAAAAGUGAAAGAGUAAGCUGUCAUGGGAUAAGAGACUCUCGAUUUACUCAAACUCAGGAUGAAGAAUCUGUCUCUUAGCUUGAUCAUGGCGCACCUAGUGGUGAUCUCAUCUUGCCACGUACUGAUUGAGGAUCACACAACCGUGAGCCCUCUUGUAAGGGAUUCUGCAUUGAGAAGGAACCGAAUGGUGGUGGAGAAGCACGAGGACUGAAAAGCACAUGUAUGCCCUACAAGUACUGCUGGCCAAAAAGAGUUUCAUCUCUACUACGAAGCGCGUGCACAUCAUCAGUGGAAUGCACAUAUGCACAACACAGCUCGAAGAACUCGUUACUGUACUUGGAUUAUAUAUUGGCUUUGUAUACACUAGCACAUAUCAAGCAAGACAGAUGAACUCCAGCCUUGUGUGCACUUUCAAUUAGCCUACAAGAUGCAAUUUAGUAUGAAUCCCAGGCAGCUUUGGAAGUGAAAGAGAAGUUUGAGAUCUCUGGCUGGAAGCUGAACGUGAUGACGGCCUGGUCUAUGGUGGAGAAGUUGAAAAUGGAGAAGAGGCAUUCCAAAGAAGAGAGGAAUGUGGAACAGGAUGCUGGGGACUGCAGUGCUGAAUCUGAGGAAUGGACAAGCUCAGAAAGUGAGCCUGAACAACAAUGCUUCAAAAACAGCUGUAGCAAUACUCAGUGGAGGGAAAAGGAAAUUUCUACUAAACCACAUAGGCAACUCUGUCGCUCUCCUUGCCUGGAUCGUCCAAGUUUCUCACAGAGCAGUAUCCUUCAGGACUUGAAACUGGAAGAGUGUAAAAUAAACUUGGACAAGGAAUACCAGGCUAAAAUGGAUUUUGCUUUAAAGCUUGGGUAUGCUGGAGAUCAGAUCCAGGCAGUGCUGAACAAGUUGGGAGCAGAUGCUCUAAUCAAUGAUAUUUUGGCAGAACUCGUGAGACUUGGCAACAAGGGUGAAUCAGAGGGACAAGGCAGUGUCGGCAGUAGUAGUGGUACUCUGGUGCCCAGGGGUCCUUGCCCAAAGGAAAUGGCCAGCCCUGAACUGUCACUUGAAGAUGAAGUAGUGGAUAACACUGACAACUUAAGACCAAUUGUCAUUGAUGGAAGUAACGUGGCUAUGAGCCAUGGGAAUAAAGAAGAAUUUUCCUGUCGGGGAAUUCAGCUAGCUGUUGAGUGGUUUCUGGAGAAAGGACAUAAAGAUAUCACUGUAUUUGUACCUGCGUGGAGAAAAGAGCAGUCUCGACCUGAUGCACCAAUUACAGAUCAAGAAAUUUUACGUAAGUUGGAGAAAGAAAAAAUUCUUGUAUUCACCCCAUCUCGGCGAGUUCAGGGAAGAAGGGUGGUCUGCUAUGAUGACCGGUUCAUAGUAAAACUGGCUUUUGACUCAGAUGGCAUCAUUGUGUCAAAUGACAAUUAUCGGGAUCUUCAGAAUGAAAAGCCAGAGUGGAAGAAAUUCAUAGAGGAACGCCUGCUAAUGUAUUCUUUUGUGAAUGACAAAUUUAUGCCUCCUGAUGAUCCUUUAGGACGCCAUGGUCCAAGCCUUGAAAAUUUCCUAAGAAAAAGGCCUGUUAUUCCUGAACAUAAAAAACAACCAUGCCCUUAUGGCAAAAAAUGCACCUAUGGACACAAAUGUAAAUAUUAUCAUCCAGAACGCGCAAAUCAGCCUCAGAGGUCAGUAGCAGAUGAGCUUCGAAUAAGUGCCAAAUUGUCUGCUGUGAAAACUAUGAGUGAGGGAGCUUUGGUCAAAUGUGGCACAGGAUCAUCCAUUUCCAAAGGAGAAAUCAAUUCUGAAGUGAAACGUAUUGCCCCCAAACGCCAGUCAGACCCAAGCAUUAGAUCAGUUGCUGUGGAACCUGAGGAAAGACUGUCAGUAGCACGGAAGUCAGAAGCCAACUCUGUCCCUUCUCUUGUUUCUGCAUUAAGUGUACCAACAAUCCCUCCUUCAAAAAGCCAUGCUGUUGGUGCAUUAAAUACUCGUUCUGCAAGCAGCCCUGUACCAGGGUCAUCACAAUUUACUCAUCAAAAAUCCUCACUAGAACACAUGGCCAGUGUGCAGUAUCCUCCCAUACUGGUCACCAAUAGCCAUGGCACUUCUGUUAGCUAUACAGACCAGUAUCCCAAAUAUGAAUCUUUAGGAGACCAUGGCUACUAUUCCAUGCUCAGUGAUUUCUCCAAUUUGAGCAUAAGCAGUAUGCGUAACACAGAUUAUUAUGGGGCUAAUGCAGACCAAGGGAUGUACUCUAGAAAUUCAAGCCCCUGUCCUGACAAUCGCUUAAGCCAUACAAGUAAUGAUUCUUAUUCCUCUUAUAAUGAUUUGUAUCUGGGUGUAGCAGAUGCCAGGGCAGAAGACAAUGUGAAGGUCCACAGACUUUCAUCCCAAAAUCGUCUUCAGCCUUUUUCCCAUGGUUACCAUGAAGCCUUAACUAGAGUUCAGAGUUAUGGAACUGAAGAGCCUAAACAACUCCCUCGCAAACAGUCUGUUUCCCAUUUAGCACUGCAUGUCCAGCAUCCAGUUGUUGGAGCACGGUCCAGUUGUCCAGGAGACUACCCAGUGCCUCAGAAUGUUCAUCCAUCAGCCACUGCACAGCCAAGCCGUGCCUUGGUCAUGACAAGAAUGGACAGUAUUUCCGACUCACGGCUUUAUGAAAGUAACCCUAUGCGGCAGAGAAGGCCACCCCUCUGUCGAGAGCAGCACGCUAGUUGGGAUCCAUUACCAUGUGCUGCUGAUACUUACGCUUACCACUCCUAUCCACUGAGCAACAAUCUCAUGCAACCAUGUUAUGAACCUGUAAUGGUAAGAAGCAUGCCUGAAAAGAUGGAGCAACUGUGGAGGAAUCCCUGGAUUGGGGUAUGUGGAGAGCCACAGGAACAGCAUAUUAUUCCAGAACAUCAGUAUCAGACAUACAAGAAUCUCUGCAAUAUUUUCCCUGCUGGUAUUGUCCUCUCGGUAAUGGAGAAAAAUCCCCAUAUGACAGACGCACAACAGCUGGCAGCUAUGAUUGUUGCCAAAUUGAGAACAGGGCGUUAAAAUGUUAGAGCUUCUUUUUGAACUUGAGUGUAUAGUGGGCAGGAUCUGGAGGAAAAGUUAAAAAUAAGGGAAGUGGGCAAAUCUCUUGUAACUACUUUCUAAUUCUGUGGUAUAAAAUUCUGUACCCUAUAGCAAUCAUUAAAUAUAUGUGUGAGGCACUAUAUAAAAGCAGAUUGUAUUGUAAAUAUAAUGAAUAUUUUAGGAUUUCAAAAAUAGGGCAUUUUAAAGGUAUUUUACAGGAAGUGCAUACAUUUUUGCAUGAAUAUAUUAUUUAACUAAGAACUACAAGGUUACACUUUUAGAGUCUAAAGCUGUUCAUUCAAAACUAUUGUUAGCAAUUAUAUUGCAUGUAUCAAUGUAUAGUUUCAAUUUGAUGAUAAAUAUAUAAUUGGCUUUUCAAAAUACGCUCUAUACAUUCUGGGAUCAUAAGACUUUGGCUUUGACACUGCAUUCCUCUGGGUCAAAUAUUUUUUUAAAUGGGAUGACUUGCCAACAAUUAAAAUAAUCCUCCGUUUGUAAAACAAACCUGAUCUAUUCCCUUUUUCACUUUUAAAUAUCAACAGAAUUGGUAUCUCUUAGCUUUUAAAUCUAUCCACCCAGGGUUUAAUCCUGUAAGGUGUGCUGACCACUUCGGCUCUAAUUCACCACUGGCUCCAAUCCAGCAAAGCAUUUAGGCAUAAGUGCUCAGCAUUUUUCAGGAUUGAAUCCCAAUUCAAUGUUAAAAGUAGGAUAAACUGUAGCCUUCCUCUUCAGAAGAACUGAUGAGUACAAAAUGUACAUUAGUACAUUUUAAGGGUCAAUUGUAGACUGUCACUUUACUUAUGCACUGUUCAUUACUCACCCUCAAGUGGAGGGGAAGGUAGUGGAUGUUAAUGUGUGAAUAUCCAGUUUGGUAGAAACUGCAACCCUUCUUUUGUGGCUAGGGAUAGUAUUUGAAGGGUUAGAAUUACACUCCAACAUAUGAAUAGACAAUGUUUAAAAGGGGAGAGGGGCUGGUUCUGAAAAGGGAUGCUACAUCUUUGGCUUGCUGCAACCUGGCCUACUUUGCACUUCAGGUUGACCCAAAGGUGUGUAUUUUCCUCAUGAAGGAUUUUAAAGCUUUUAUUUUGACAGGCAAGAAAAAAAUUCUGUGUGGCAUUGUUUGCGCAACUAGUAUUUUGCUCAGGGGUGGGAACCUUUGUAGCUAAAUGCCUCCAUAAGAGGUGUUUAUUGGUUUUUUUAAGCUGCACUGAAUGGACGCCCUUUUUGAAUCAAUGUAUAUUUCAACAUUUUGAACCAUUACUAACUCGAUAUGUCUCGAGCUAGGACUUGUUGACUUCUACUGUAGUUUUUUUCAUGAAAGUUGAGAAGGCCUGGUUUAUGGCCUUUUGUUUCUUCAUGAGAAGGUGUGACACUGCCUAAAUGUUUCUUACUGUGAAACACACAGAACGUGAGGCUGCAGUCAGGGUUGUUUCUGGUGUUUUGAUAAUGGCUUGCAUGCUGCUUUCUGGUUCUGUUUGUCUGAGGACCAAAGACUACUACAUCACUACUUCCACUUGCUACUGUAAAACCUGCAUUGAUUCUAAGUGUAUCUCGUGGGCUAUUUAUCAUGUGCAAAAUGUGAAAAAGUUACAGAUGCAAUUAAAGUAAAUGUAUUAGUAUGUUGGCUGUUCACAUCAUUUCACACAUGAUAAAUAUUUAGUGUCCACACAGGUACCUCUCAGACUACUUACAUAUUUUGUCAUGGCCAUAUCAUUAUGUGUUCAAAUUGCAUUAACUUGAAGAUUAUUUUCUUCAUACCUGGAGUAUUAAAAAUAAUUGUUUUAAUUAGUUGCAGAUCAUUGCUGUUAAUAAAAUUGAACUAAUCUUCAAAAAGUUAGCAAAUAACUAUAGAAAAAUAUUUUUACUCUUGACCAACUUUCAAAGCAUAUCUUAACUAGCAUUUUAUAUUUUUUAAUUUCCAAUUACUUCAUAUUCUCUUCUCUUUUAUGGUAAAAGCAGCUGAGAGUAAUGCCUCAAAUAACCAGAAAUGACCUUUUGUUUGUUGAUACAAAUUGUAUCUCUCUUUUUCUUGAUUGUAUAAAAAACUGUACAAAAACCAUCUCUAGAUUAACUUCAAUAUUGCAUUUUCACCAUGUUUGUGACACUGUGUGUCACAGGGAAGUAGCCCAUGGGUAAUUAUUAAUCUUUUUAUUUAAAAUGGGCACUUGUAGUUUAUAGACAAACAAGGACAACUUUUCAAAUCCACUUUAUUACAGUGUGCACAGAUAUUGUGUGUACACUUAAAAGCAUUAUAUUACAUAAGUUAUCUUUAGUCUAUUUAUUAAACAAAUACAUUCUUGCAAUGGAAUUUUAUGUAAAAAAUGUCAGUGUUAAUGAAUCAUCUGCACGUGUUUAUAAAUAGAACUGUAACAAUGUAACUGCUGUAGACCCUGCUUAACAGGUUAAUUAUACAUGUAUGGUUUAGUUUUUAAACGAGGUUUUGUGUACUCACACUUUCCAUCUUGCAUGGAAUUAAAUGUGUAUGUAGAAAAAUGUUUUCCUUCUCCCCACCUAUACAGACUCUUGCAAGAUGGUUUGAUAGAGGUGUCUCUCAGCAUACUUUAUUUGUAAUACUGAGCAGAGGUUACUGCAUAAGGUUUUGGAUGGUUUAUGGAGAUAACGUAUCUUGUAGGAAUUGUCUAGUCAUUUUAACUCUUUCACUGACUUUAACCUGAUAGUAAAUUCAGUCGUCUUCAGGGCCUUGUAUUUAUUAGGAAGGAAUGAGAGUAGAAUCCUAGUAUAAAUCCAGCAAACCCUUUCUCUAAGGUACUUCUUUGAAGGCAUUUUUUCUAAGAUGAGCCAAGAAUGUUUACAUUGUAUAGAAAUAUGGAAAAAAAUGAUGAAGUCUUGUAGAAAUGGUCUGCAGAAUUUUUGCUUGUAAGUUAUUCCUCUUAAAAGUAAUAAUUUAUAAACAUGGUUUAGUGUCUCUUGAUCAGCUAAUUCAACUUAGAGCAUUCAACGAUCCACAUACGUUUUAAGAUAUCUUCAAAUGCCAAUUCAAAACACUAACGUUCAUUAACCUUCAGCACUUAAGCUUAGAGUUCUUCAAACACAGAAGAGUUGAUCUCAAGAAACACAUGAUCAUUAGUGUCUUAUUGUAAAUAUGAGUUUGUAUAAAUGCUCUUUUUGAGAGCACAAUAUUUAAAUACACUUUUAAAUUUGUAUAAUAGAACAAUUCCAGAGUAUAUAUUUAAAAAGGAAAAAACCCUCCAAAGAUUAACAUAGUACUAGAUAAAGAACAGCAAAAAAUAAAAUUGGGUGAAAUCCUGACCUAUUCAAGUCAGUAGGGCCAGGUUUUCAUCCCAGGGCUCCCUAGCUUGCUGGUCUUCAUGUUCCUCAGCUAUCUUACUUUUAUGUAGUUUGUCACUGAAGAUUACAUUACCUUCAGUUUAUUAGGCAACUGAGUAAUGAUUUGGAAUAAACUAAAUGUAUUUCUGGAAUGUUACCUGAAGCUACUUAAUGUUUUUGUAAAUAUCACAUGGUAUUUAGUAUUGUAUGAGCUUGUGUAUAUAGACUGUUUGACUACUAUUAGUCCUGGUGGUGUACUAGUGAGCUACAGUAGUUUGCUUUAUCCAUUUGUAGAAUUAAACGUUACUGUUUAAUUGUUGUAAAAUUUUAUAAAAUCUCUUUGGGUUUUUUGGUUGACCCAAAUAUAAUGUAAGUCUCAAUGACAAAAAGAGUGAAAAUGGACGUUAAACCAGUACAUGGUCUUCGUAAAUCACUGUACUAAGUGUGCAAUGCUCUAUCUGAUGCUGCAUGUAAUGCAUUCACUAGCAUGGCCGUAUUUUUAGCUUUCUGUAAAGUUUUGAUUAAUUUAACUGUUUUUAAAAUGCAAAGAAUGUGUAUGGUUGAUAAGAACAAACUGUAAAGCAGACUGACUAAAGAACUUAUCACCAAAGUAUUUUAUUUUAUUUUAUUUUUUUAAAGCCAGUUUGCCUCUGAAAAUGUGAAUUUUUGCCUUUUGGAGUGAUUUUUAAUGACUAAAAAAAUCAGAAUGAUCAAGGUGUGAAUGAAGAAAUUUUCCCAUGUUACCCAGUUUUAAGAAUUUUACCAUAACAAAACAUUUGGAAGAUGGCAGGGAUAUGGUUCAGUUUCCUUACCACCACCUAAGAAAACUCCAUCAAGGCCAUACUGUGAGCCCAGUCUUAUUCCACAGCAGCAUGUGAGAACAGCACUGUUCAAAAGAAGCCAAACAAACAAACAAACAAACAAAACCACACAGUAAUUUCAGAUAGAUGCUGUUCUGAGGAAUUCUUAAGUAUUAACCUGUUUUGAACUAUCGAUGGAUUACUUGAAUGGGGAGUGGUAAGUUCAUAGUGUUGUUCAGACCAUUAAAUGUUUCACCAUUAUACACUUCAACAAUAAAUGUUGAGCUGACAGCUUUUUUUUUUUUAAAAAACGACAGAGCAUUUCUUUUGCAUAGGGCUUCUUGUUGCUGAAAGAUUGCUGUGUGUAGGUGUAUUAUAUGUAAAAAUCCCACCACAAUAUUUCAAGCUAAAGAAUGUAAGUUCACUAUCACAUUAGAAAUCACAGUAUGCUUUCCCUGUUACACUAUUUGGUUAGCCUCUGAGGAAGAAGCAUAAUCUGUCACUUUGGCCUGUUUUAUUUAGAACAUGCAUGUGGUGGUGGUUAGUGAUGUACUGUGCAAAAUCCCCAUAAAACUUGUCUGAAUGUAUUUAAAGGUUUGUUAGUGGUAUUAUGAGGCAAACAUGGAAGACUCUUUAGGUUGAUUGUAAAAUAUUACUUGUUCUCCCCCACCCCCCAGUAAUGUUUAACGGGUUUGCACAACUAUUAAAUAUGAUCAGAACACUUAUAUAUGGAUUUACUUAUUCAAUAAACUUAUGAAAGUUCCUGCA